AUGUACGGAGACAAGGGGCCGCCGAAGAAGUACAGCAACCCGCGCGGCGUCACGGAGCAGGCAGUGGGCUCGCGUGUGUGUCAGAAGUGUGCAUCGACGGAGCAUUGGACGUUCGAGUGUAAAAAAGCCCCAGAUGCCUCACGUAAAACGUCGACGCGGUUGAGCCGAUCGCAGAUGCUGCGGUGGGGCAUCAAGCAGCGGCGGCAGGAGUUCGUGCCGGAGCCCACCGAGCGCGAGGCGUACACCGCGCAGGUGAGGGAGGUGGAGCGGGCGCUGCUCACCGAGGCACGGGAAGAGGUGCUGCAGAGGCGGCGCCUGGAGAAGUCGCGGGGCGUGAAGGACGAACGGGACGACGACGGCCGCUCCUGCGGCGACGGCGCGGAGAAGGACGCGGGCAGCAAGAGGCGUGCAGCGGCGACUGCAGCUGUGAAGGGUGAGGUGCACUGUAAAGAGGAAAGGAACAACGCUGAGGAGUGA